UUUAAUCGUGCUUGGGAAUAAUCUAAAUAAUCAUUCUUAAAAUUUAACCUGAACCGUGUUACGAAGAACUAAGUGUACAGAUUAAUAAAGAAAUAUAAAUUUGAAGUGCAAAAAUCGAUAAUUGUAUACCAUAUAGUUAUCACAAAGAGGAAGAGAAACCUAAACGAAGGUUAUACAGCGUUUGACAGAUUAGUGGAGUUGAAAGAGGAAGUAAGAAGAGAAAGAAUUGAUGGAUAGUCUUGGAAGAGGAGAAACAAUUUUCAACGAUCUCACAGAAGUAAGUUUCAGUCAUUUUCCGUAAGAUUUUCAAUCGAACAAAGCGACAGAAAAAUGAUUUGAAUUGAAAUCGUGCGAUCAAUUGAAACGAGGCCAGAAAUAAUCGGUUCGCAUAGUAAACAAGAUAGCUGGACAAAUUUAACAUAACGAUCGAUUAAUUGGCGUUAGUUACGUUAAUAACGUUGGAUUGAUUAUUCUGAUAAACAAAGAAGGAAAAAUAAGAAAAGGCCAAAACUGUUCGCACGUGCAAACAUUUUCAGGCAUGUUUACAGUUGGUUGGAUAAUCAAACGACGCUCAAGUCAUUUGUACGGCGUCGCGUGUUAAUCGCGUCAUAGAUACUAAUGACAUACAACCAAGAAUCGAAUUACUAUUACACAGAAUAGUAGUCGAAACUAUUGCGAGGUAUAUCGAAGGCAACGAUUAGACGAACGAUCAGUGUACAAUUAGAUUUGAUUCGAACUUGAUUACAGUGACACGAUUCAGAUUUAAUUUGAUCGAUGAAUGACAUAAUCGACAACUAGACGCUUAAAUUGGAAUAUGUAAUUAAUAAAAUCACCUGCUAUUACGGUACGGUAAGUAAAAUUGAAAUCGUCGAACAUUUCCAUCCGAACGAAAGAGAAAAUGAGGAAGUAAAGUUUGUGCGAUUGAAAAAUUCCAGAAUUGAAUGAAAGAAAAUUCCAGGGUUAGAUAUAUGAAAAUUCUCAUAUACAUAAUCAGAAAGAAAUUCAUAACAAAAUAUAGAAAAAGUUUUGGAUAAAAAUCGUUGAAAUUUUAAAUUUCGUAGUAAGAUUAAAAAGGACUUGUAUUUAUUAAAAUUGAAAAGUUUAUACCAGAAGCCGAAAGAAAUUACGUUGAAAAUUAAAAGUCCCUGAUAAAAAUCGAAAAUGAUGUCGUGAAAAUUUAAAAUCUCGUAAGAGAAAUUGAAGUAAAGUUCAUCGAAAAAAUGUUGGACUUUUAUAAUGAAAAUUGAAAGAACAUUUUCAUAAGUUAAAAAGAGUUAGAAGAGAACAGACACUUUUUCUAAUAAGACCCAUCUUACGGAAUACUAGCGUCAAACCGAACGAUCCAAUUUCUGAGACCUACUACAAAAAAGAACGAGGCGGCGGACACCUUAGACCGGAAGUAUCGUGGAAAGACAAUCUCCGAGUGACGACACGUGGAUUGGAUGCUUAGCAGACCAGAGCAACCAUAAUAAGCUCAUCCUGCCCCGUUGACGAUUUUCUAUUAAUAUGUCUCAGCGAAGACCAACGACAUAUUCUAUUCGUCCCUGAAGAUACAGUGAUCAGCUGUGUUUCGAUCGAACGACCGGCCUAUUUUUAAAGCCGCAAAUUGAUUCGAACGCUUUCAACCACAGAAAUCGACCAAUAACACUCAACAACUUAUCUUCCAAUAUUCUUCGACUUCAUAAAAAUUUCGAGGCUAACUUAUCGAGUUUAAAUGAAGACCAAGAGAGAAGAAGCUCUCUUCGCAGACCACUUGACGCGUGGAUUGAUAAUAAAGACACCACGACGAGUCUGAUCGAACCAUCUAUUCGCGUCGACCUCGGUAAAUUGAUUGGAAUUGACUUAAUCGUCCUCGAGGGAUACCAAGGGUUCGCCUCUUUCCUUGGAAGUACCCGAAAAUGUCGAAGAAAGACGCAACCGAACCUAUCUCUCGUUGUAUCCUUCGUACCAUCGUCAACAGAUCAUCAAAACAGACCUUUGUGAUACACCGAAGCUUAUGAGAUUUCAAUUUACAAACAGAACACGCGGUGAUUUAUCCUUUCGAUCGACUACCACAUCGAUUACAAUUAAACGAAAGAGACGAAGGCGAUUCGAAUUCGAUCGAAACGAUGGAAUAAAAAAUUCGCUGAAACUUUCGCUGAUUAAAAUGUGCACGCAGCGCGAACGUCGUUAAUUAAUGUCAAAGUUAAUUCUAUACUAGUCAAUCGUGCAGAAAGCUAGUCAACGUUACCCGAUUGCACAGAAUCUCUCAGAAUCAGCCGGAAUCUGGUGGAGAAAAAUGAUUUCGUCGAACAAGUCGAUCGGUUCGGAAGGAUCGAUAAUAAUCGGAGAUAGCAUGAGGUUGGCCGGAAGUCACGAAGAUUCGCUGGCCUCUGAAGGUAAAUGGGAGAAUUACACGGGACCAAUCGCCGAAUAUUUGCAGCAGGAAAAUUGUUCGACGGUGAGGCGGGAUCCGUUGUACAUCGUUUUACCGAUCACGGUGAUCUAUACGGUGAUCUUCCUCACCGGAUUAAUCGGCAACGUGUCCACUUGUGUUGUGAUCGCGCGUAACAAGUCGAUGCACACGGCCACCAACUACUAUCUGUUCAGCUUGGCCGUUUCUGAUUUACUGCUGCUGAUAUCCGGCCUGCCUCCAGAGAUGUGCUACAUCUGGUCGCAUUUCCCGUACGUGUUUGGCGAGGCGUUCUGCAUUAUUCAAAGCUUCGCCGCGGAGACGUCCGCGAACGCCACCGUUCUGACCAUCACCGCCUUCACCGUCGAAAGGUACUUCGCGAUCUGUCAUCCUUUUAUCUCGCACACGAUGUCGAAGUUGUCCCGGGCGGUGAAGUUCGUCAUAGUGAUUUGGCUGCUGGCGCUAUGCCUGGCCGUGCCACAGGCGGCUCAAUUUGGCAUCGUUUACGACUAUCGCAACGGCUCGGUGGUCCUGGACUCGGCUCAAUGCUCCAUCAAGUGGUAUCUGAUCGAACGCGCCUUCGAGAUAUCCACCAUACUGUUCUUCAUCCUGCCGAUGACGAUCAUCACCGUUCUCUAUGUACUGAUCGCGCUCAAAUUAAGACAAUCCAGACUGUUGUCAGCUACUGCGAAGAGGAACCAUUUGUCAGCUGGAUCCAUUUACGGCGAUAGCGGGAGAGGAAAAAGCUCCGCGCAGAAGAACGUUAUUCGAAUGCUGGUUGCAGUAGUAGUGGCGUUCUUCAUCUGUUGGGCACCGUUCCACGCUCAAAGGCUGUUGGCUGUGCACGCAAAGAAUACGACUGAACCGAAAGACGCGUUAGUAAUAGUCUACACUAUCCUCACGUACACGUCUGGGGUGUUUUAUUACCUUUCCACGACAGUGAAUCCACUGCUCUACAACAUCAUGUCCAACAAAUUUAGGGAGGCUUUCAAGUCGAUGCUGUCGAAUCACUGCGGAUCCUCCCGCAAGUCAGUACCACGACAGCUGACGUACAGUAGCCUCUCGAGGUACGCGAGGUCCACGUUCAGGCAGACGGAUGAUCGUCAGAAUUCGCCGUCGAUCUCCAUCAGCGACGACAACCAAAAGCUGAGAACGACCAAUACCACCGAACUUAUUGGAUUAAACGAUCGAAAGAACAAUGGACGAAACCAGUCCGACUCUAUGGCGAAUAAGAUCAAUCAUCGAGAAUACAGCAGGAGCGUAUCCAGAGGAUCGAACUCCAGUCAGCUUACCCUGAUGUCGUCCGUUAGUAAAAGUUUUAACGAAGGCAACAAUAGCUUGACUGCGACUUACGUGAACAUUCAAAGAGCAUCGAGAGUUGUCACGCUCGGUAUACUUGCCGGCAGAUUGAGAUUGGGAACCAAAGAGCUAUUUUCGCCUCAACAGAAGAUCGUAACUAGUUCAGCGCCGAAACCGGAAACGAGGACAGUGUUGGCACCGCGAUUCCAAAGUCAUCCGAGUAUAGAGAGUGCAAACACUAUCAGUAACUCUAGUUUAAAGGACCAUGACGAGACAGAGUUUACUGGUAUGGAAUUGGCACGAUACAUGGGUGAACUGAACUGUGACUUAAUCACUUAACGUUCGUUUAAGGAAAAGCGUCCCUUCGUCGAACGAGUGAAGCAUAAGUACUUAACGAAUUAAAGAAAAAAGUUGAGAAAUUGAGGCUUUGAAGUAGGAAUACGUGUAUGCGAACUUCUAUAGGCAACAGUCAGAAGAAUCUGAGAAAGAAGAACUUAAGACUUGAAAUUUAAACAAAAAUACUGAAUAUGUAUGUCUUUUAAGAGGAAGCAUAUUUGUAAAUCUUACAUUGUAACCGAACAGCAGGAGAUCUUCGAACAAGCUAAUGUAAAUCAUAUUAUUAGUCUGACAUAAAUGCUUCCCCAGUGUAUUGCGAAAACGCCCACAUUGAAAAGAUCCAAGAUCAUCGAAAUUUAAUAUUACCAAUUAACACUACUGUGUUGUAUACGCCCUUUCCGCGUGUUCAUUGAUCCGCAAACAUCAUUAUAAAUCACUGAAACGGUGAAAACUGUAAGAAAACGAUUCCAUGGUUCAUUUUGCGUAAACAGCAGCGCUUAAACAAAUUUUCUAAGAAUAGAUACAGGAAGAAAUUGAAUAAUACCGUGAAAACAUGAUCUCAGACGAUUUCAAACUUAAUUAAGGGUAAAUGUUAUUAUAGCGAUACUAAACAUAGAGCAAGGUCGUUUGGAAAUUACAGAAAGUCAUAGAGAUCGUGUAAUAUUUUAAGGAAACAUCGUUCAUAAGUAAUACAGUGCGAAUUGAUUAUGUAAUUAAUUAUGAAAUUUGCUUUGUACAUUCUUGUACUUCAUUUCACUGAAAAUACAAGUUCACUGCUUCGCAAUUACAAAAGGAAAGCUCUUGAAUAAAUAUAAGCGAUAUUUAUUUUUCUACUCGUAUCAUACAUAACAAUUUGUAAAAACCAUUCAUCUAUCUCAUCUAUGUUUUUAUAAACGUGACGUAAAAUUUGUAUAAAACAUAAAAUGUAAAAGAAUCUGCAAGUAUACUUGCAAGGAAAUAAACCAAUCGACGGUCCUGUUGAACUCUAA